AUGCCUGCGAGGGAGCUGGUGGUGGUGGCAGCAGUGCUGGUGACUCUCCUCGCUGCUGGUGGGGCAGAGGUGAACGAAGGGAAUGGACUGAGAAGGCCUGUGUGUGGAGACAUGGUCGAGCUGCAGGCCUGCCCCCUCCUGCACUUGCCUGUCUGUGGGACCGAUGGGAAUACCUACGCCAAUGAAUGCCAGCUCUGUGUGCAGCAAAUGAAAACCAGGCAAGACAUCCGGAUUUUGAAAGACGGGGAGUGUCAAGAUACCUGA